AAGGCAUUUUGGCUCACGCUGGGAGCGUGUAGGCCCCAUCCGGUUUCGACGGGAAGGGGUCCCCGAUAAGGAAUGUCGGCGUGGCCAGCGGUGCCAUUGAACAUAUGGAAGCUGUUUGUCCGGCAUGUCAUCCGUCCAGAGUAUCGAGACUUUGCCCUCCGUCCAGAAGAGUACGCGGGUGCCGCCGGCGAGGUCCUUGUCGUCGCCCUCGCCUCCGGAUGGGCCCUGACCUACUUCUUCAAUCAUCAGGUUAUUGAAGACAACAUUCUUAAGAAGAUCGUCGGGUACAAUAACCUCUGCGUCGGAUGGGAUGAGCCACCAGCGGUAUAUUUUGCGGCCCCCCUGUACCUGGUCAUCAUAUAUUGCUACAUCCGGUUCAUGCACCUCGAUACUUUUCGGAUGAAACUUACGCCUGCCAUCACGUCAAUGCAAAGGCGUACUGUACUGAUAAGCAACAGCCUCACCGCCAUCGCUUUUGCUCUCUCUUUCCAGCUCAUGGUCAUCGGCCCGAUGCAGUCGGCCAUGGGCCACUCUUGCGCUUUCAUCGUCCUCAUCAUCGCCUUCUACUUCUAUUACUUAUCCAACUUCCUCGAGGUUGACGUGAAGUACCAUCCGCAGGGCGUAGGGGUCUUCAUCAUCUUCUAUGGCAUCGCCGCGUUUGGCUUCAGCUUCUGCGCCCUCUACCAGCUCUUCGCCUUCGACCGCGAGACCUCGGAGCCUGGCCGCAUCUCACCCAGACUCAUCCAGCUUCUCGACUACUCGUGGUUCCUCUGCAUCGGCCUGAGCUCCUGGUUCUCGCCACGGGCGCCCUCCAUCCUUCACAAGAGCGCGCUGGCACCGGGCGAGGAGAUCCGCCCGCUGCUCAGCACCACGCGGUGUUUGCGUCAGAACCUCUGCCCGAAGGCGAGGGACGUCCACAGCCCCGAGGAUAGCGCAGACGCGAGCGACGAGGUUCUCCUUGCCACGAUGGUCGCCAGCUGGCUCCUAACCUACGCCUUCAACCCGGGGCGGAUCCACGACGGCGAGCCAACGGUGGACAGGGGCGGCUACAUCAGUUUUUGGGCCGGCUGGGACUCGGGGCCAGCACUCUACUUCGGGGCAUCAGUGUAUCCCUGGAUUGCCUUCCUGCAGCUCGAGCACAUGCGGCUCGCCACAUUCCGCAUGCGGCUCGCCACUUCAGACAAGCUUUUCCGGCGCUUUUGCGUUUUCCUGGCCAACAUCUUCGUCGCCAUUUGCUACUGCACCGGGGUCCUCAUGUUCAUCUUCCGUGACGGCAGGCCCGUCUACAUGCAUUGCGGCGCGAUUUUCUUGCUCGCAGUGAGUGUGUGGCUGGCUUUCCUGACCAGCUUUGCGACGAGCGACUCGGUGACGCACCCCGCGGGCUCCUACGUCUUUCUGACCAUCUUUGGAGCGUGCACCGCCGGAUUCGUGGCUUGCGGGGCGAUCCAGACCCUUGCAUUCGACGCGGAGUUAGGGCGGGGCCCGGUCGACCCUCUGAUCUGCAAGGCCUUCGACUACGGCUGGUGGUGGUGCGUCGCGGCUCAGCGCUUCCUCCGCCCCAGGGGAGCCCCCAGGAUCAUCUUCGAGUGCGAGCUCGUGGAGGACGACAACUUCUCCUUCUACGUCGUGGGGACGCCGCCCACGAUCCACCAGCCGACUGCUCAGGACACCGAGGCGAAGCUCCGCGCGCGGGCUUGCAGGGCCCUCGCGGCCCCGCUCCACCUCCUGCUCCUGCCGGCCACGCUCCUCGGCGCCCUCGCGAGCUUCGCUGCCGCGGUGGCCCGGCGCACCGCCGCCUGCCUCUGCCCGUGUUGCCUGCCCUCCCCGAAUGCGGGGCGCACUGGCCCCGGCCAGCGCCCUGCCCCGGUGCCGAGAGGAAGAACGAAGACGACACCGACUCACCCUAAGAUCUUGGCGCUGCUUUUUCCCAAAACGGGCGUUUCUUCUCAGUUUCGGGCCCUGGGACCCUCGCAGAUCGACCUGGCUCGAAAAAAUGGUGC